AUGCUACCACUCAUCACCCUCGAGGAGCACUAUCUAUCCUCUGCAGUUCUUGCCGCUCAACAAGCAAGCGGUGCUCCGGACCCAUUUGCGAGCUUUCCAGCUCAAUUAACCAGGAAAUUAAAAUCGCUUGAUGAUGAACGCAUCAAGGAUAUGGAUGAUGGGAAUAUUUCACUACAGAUCCUUUCCCAUGGUCCUAUGGAUCAUGCUCCUUCAAAACUUUGCCAACAAAUCAACGAUGAACUCGCGGCAGCUAUAUCCAAAAACCCCACCCGAUUAAAAGGCUUUGCAACUCUUCCCAUGGGAUUUCCCAUAGAAGCAGCUCAAGAAUUAGAUCGUUGUAUAAAUAAACUCGGUUUCGUGGGAGCAUUAAUUGACAACCAUCUUGACGGGAAAUUUUACGACGAUGAAAAAUUCUGGUGUGUAUUCGAGAAAGCUAGUGCUUUAGAUAUACCCAUAUAUAUCCAUCCGAAUUUCACGUCCGAAAAAGAAAUGGGUAAAUAUCGUGGGAAUUAUCCAGAGGAUAUCGCAACCGCGCUUAGUAAUUGGGGAUUAGGCUGGCAUUUUGAUACUGGGCUUCAUUUUCUGCGUCUUUAUGCUGCGGGGUUAUUUGAUCGUUUUCCGGAUGUUAAAAUUGUGUUGGGACAUAUGGGGGAAUUGCUCCCGUUUAAUCUUGAGAGGAUAUUUAAGGUAGCGGGGAGAUGGGGAAGGAAUAAGAGUUUGGAAAGCGUCUGGGAGGAGAAUUUGUGGAUUACUACUAGUGGUAUGUUUUCGUUGGCGCCGUUGGUGUGUUUGGUGCAGUCGAAGGGGAGGGAUAAGAUUUUGUUUAGUGUUGAUUAUCCGUUCUCUGGGAAUGAGAUGGGAAGGGAGUUUGUGGAGAAGGUGGUACAGAGUGGAUUGUUUGGGGAUGAGAAGUCGAAGGAGAUGAGAGGUUUUGCGUUUGAGAAUGCGGAGAGGUUGUUAAAGGUUAGGAUUGUGGAUAGAGGUGGUGUUUGA